AAACCCCCUGCCACUCCCCUUUUAUGUGCCUGGUCUCCUCGGGCAGCGCCAGGGAGUCCAGCAGGGCACAGUUCCAUUCAGAAUGAAGAAUAUGAUCCGUCUAUAAUCUAUCGAUUGAGGGAUCGGACUCAUUGAGUCACAGGGGGGUGAGAUCGGCCGCUGGUGUGUGGAUGGUGGAGACAUCCGUCUACCUCUCGGGAUCACGGCGGCAUCUUCUCUGCCUUCCCCCACUUUCCUGAGAAGGUGAAGCGGCCUCUAUAAUAACAGCGUCCGCCGCUAUGAGGCGAAUAACGGGGAAGGCGAAGGAUGAAACUUUGAUCGAGCUGCAGAGCGCCACCGAUUCACAGACCACAGAUGGUCUUGCAGUGUUGACUGCAUUCAAGAUAAACCUGCUCUCAGAUGAAAACAAUGGAAAUGGCGUCAGUUCAUUAUCUGAACGAGGGACGUUGCCUGGAAAUACAGAAACUGAAAAGCUUCACCCAAACAAAGACACAGUUUUCUUCAGGGACGGAGUUCGAAGGAUAGACUUUGUCUUGUCUUACGUGGAUGACAAAGAUGGAGAAAAGAAACAGGAAAGGAGGAGGGAGUUUGAGGCCAACCUGGAGAAAACCGGACUGGAGCUGGAGACAGAGGACAAAUCAGACUCUAAAGACCAGAAGACGUAUUUUCUGAAGAUCCACGCUCCAUGGGAAGUACUAACCACCUACGCUGAUGUCUUAAAAGUCAAAGUUCCCUUCAAGGAGAGUGAUAUCCCCCACGCCCAGGAGGUCCCCCUGGAGUGGCUAACGCAUCCUUUCCGUCUGCCGGACUAUAUAAUGCACCCACAACCGGACUACUUCACCUAUCCCUUCGACAAGAACAAGACGGACUUCUUCCUCAUCAAUGACAAAGACUCGUUCUUUCCACCGUCCACGAGAAACAGGAUUGUGUUCUACCUCCUGGCUCGUUGUCCGUACUUUAAAGAGGGUUGCAAAGAGAAAGACAAGACGGGAAUCAAGCGAUUAAUCAGCAACGGGACCUACACAGCGGCCUUCCCACUUCAUGAUUGUCGAUACUGGAAAAGGGCUAGAGACGCUGAAUGUGAGAGCGAGCGCUUCAACCUGUACAGCCACUGGGCCCGGUUCCUUUGUUUCUACAAAGAGCAGCCGCUGAACCUCAUCAGGAAGUACUAUGGGGAGAAGAUCGGGAUCUACUUUGCCUGGUUGGGCUUCUACACAGAGAUGCUGUUCGUCGCAGCCGUCAUGGGCGUCAUAUGCUUCACCUAUGGAGUGCUCAGUUAUGAUGACAACCAAUCAAGCAAAGAAAUAUGUGACGCUAAUAUUGGGGGCAGCAUUCUGAUGUGUCCACUUUGUGAUAAAAAAUGUCCUUUCUGGAAGCUCAACUCCACUUGUCUCUCAUCCUGGCAAUCCCAUCUGUUUGAUAAUGAGGGGACGGUGUUCUUUGCCAUAUUUAUGGGGAUCUGGGUGACUCUGUUUCUGGAGUUCUGGAAGCGGCGUCAGGCGCGGCUGGAGUACGAGUGGGACCUGGUGGAUUUUGAGGAGGAGCAGCAGCAGCUUCAAAUGCGUCCAGAGUUCGAGAUCAGAUGCACCAACAGGAGACUGAACAAGAUCACCCAGGAAAUGGAGCCUUAUCUCCCCAUCACCAGCAAGUGUGCACGCUUCUGCCUCUCCACAGCCACCGUCAUUUUCUGGAUCUCUCUUAUAGUGGCCUGUAUCAUCGGGGUGAUAGCGUACAGACUUGCCGUGUAUGCCGCCUUCGCCAGUAUCAUCAAAGACCCCAUGAGGAAGAUCCAGGUGGUGGGCAGGUUCAUCACGCCGCAGCUGGCGACUUCUGCCACCGCCUCCUGCAUCAACUUUGUCAUCAUCAUGAUCCUCAACUUCUUUUACGAGAGGGUGGCCAUUUGGAUCACUGAUAUGGAAAUCCCAAAGACCCACCUGGAGUAUGAGAACAGGCUGACCAUGAAGAUGUUUAUGUUCCAGUUCGUCAACUACUACUCCUCCUGCUUCUAUGUGGCCUUCUUCAAAGGGAAAUUUGUGGGUUAUCCUGGUGACUACUCCUACAUGUUUGGCAAAUGGAGCAAUCUGAGGAACGAGGAGUGUGACCCUGGCGGCUGCCUCAUCGAGCUGACCACGCAGCUGGUGAUCGUCAUGGCCGGGAAACAGUUAUGGGGAAACAUUCAGGAAGCUCUGCUGCCGUUGAUGCGUAACUGGUGGAGCGGCAGAAAGGGGCGCCACCAUCCUGAAAACCAUUACAGCCGCUGGGAGCAAGACAACGUCCUGCUGAACUUCACCCAACUGGGCUUGUUCUACGAGUACCUGGAGAUGGUCGUCCAGUUUGGCUUCAUCACUCUGUUCGUGGCCUCCUUCCCCUUGGCUCCGCUCUUGGCUCUGUUCAAUAACAUCCUGGAGAUCAGGGUGGACGCCUGGAAGUUCACCACCCAGUUCAGACGGCCGGUGGCGUCCAAGGCUCGAAACAUCGGCGCGUGGCAGGAGAUCCUCAACGCGGUGGCCAUUUUAUCCGUCGUUACCAAUGCGUUUAUCAUGGCGUUCACCUCAGACAUGAUACCCCGGAUGGUCUAUCUGUACGCCUACGGUAAUAACACCAGCAUGAUGGGCUACGUCAACAACAGCCUGUCAAUAUACAACAUCUCUCAAAUCCGUGAACGCAACAUGCCGGAGGAGCGGGAAUACUCGUUUGAUAACUUGACCUCCACCUGCAGAUACCGUGAUUACCGUUACCCUCCAGGCCACGACAAGGAGUACGCUCACACCAUGCAGUUCUGGCACAUCCUAGCUGCCAAGAUGGCCUUCAUUAUCACCAUGGAGCACGUGGUCUUUGUGGUGAAGUUCUUCGUGGCGUGGAUGAUCCCGGACGUGCCGUCGGACGUGAAGGCGCGGUUCAAACGAGAGCGCUACCUGAUCCAAGAGUACCUGCACAACUACGAGGUGGAGAAGCUCAAAAUGCAGCUGAGCGCCAGUUUCAUCACGGCGCCGCAGUCGGACACGUCCCUGAUAUCGGACACGCACGAGGUGUUGUCUGAGUUCCUGUAGCCGCGGCUUCACCCCUCCGACUAAACAAGCCAAGAAAUGGACACGUGUGGGACUCGGGGCUGCUCAGAACGUCCAUAUGAUCCAUGUGUAAGGGCUUUUGUCUUGGGGAUAAAAGCGCUGCUAUCUUUUAAAUGUACAUUAACAUCCGGUCAAAUUUGCUCCUGCGAGAGGAAGUAGAGAUGGAUCUGAAAAAACAAAUCCAGCGCCAUGUUUCACUGUGCUUCGUACUUUAAAUCAGCUUCUUGAGGGACUGAGACUUUUCUGUGCCAUAAGGAAAUAUCGGAAGGUGUCGGGACGGAUACGAGUGUAGCUGCAGUUUGUAUUGUUUUCCACGUGAUGCAUUCAAACUAAUGACUGAGAGACUCUGUUUGUGCUUGUAGAGUUUAAGCUAGAGGUGUUUACCUUGUGAAAUUAGUUGUAAUUUCCCUUUAAAUUAGCUGGAUAUGCAAACAAUUUCCUUUCUUUUUUUGCAUGUAGUUCAUCUACUGAGAAAACUGAGAUGAGGUCGGACUUGUUUAUAGACAUGUGUCAGUUGUGGAAUAGUGUGAAUGGUAAUUGUGGCUGGAAGCUCAUAUGAUUUCCCUAAGAAUGUACAAAAUACUUAUAAUAGGUUUCAAUAUAUCAGAUCUGAAACACAUUUAUAAUAUAAGAGAAUGAAAUAGUCAGUGCUUAAUC